AUGAAAUUUAAUGAGGAAGAGAAGAUUGAGGGGGAAAUUAUUCCGAAUCUCAACAAUCCGAACCUGCUCAAAAUCCGAAUCGAAUCAUGGGAAUUGGACCUGCUAUUCUCUAGAUCUUCCCCCAAGAUCCUCCUGGUGCUGGCAAAGCUUCAGGCGGUUGUUCUGGUGGUCAUCAGGGACAUCGGAACCUCGACAUCGUGCAUCGUUGAACAUUCAGGUUCUGCAUAUCAGAAUGCCAUUCAAGAUGAAGAGAAAUCCUCGCCAAGUGAAGUGGACAAAGGCAUACAGGCGAUUGCAAGCGAAGGAUAUGACACAGGAAAAGACUCUGCCUUUGAGCCUUUGAGUUUGAGAGGAAGAGAAAUAGGCCAGAGAGAUAUGACAGAAAUGUCGCGAACAAUGUAUUCAUGGUCCAUUAAGAAGAUUGACAAGGUCAGAGUAAGUAGAGCGGCAAAAGAGGCAAAACACCAUGAAAAGAGGAUGAAGGGAAAGAAAAACAAAGAACAGAAGGAAGCAGUGAACGAAUUGGAGCAGAGCAUCAUCCUGGUCAAAGCAGGAUGA